UCUUCCUGGGCAGUGUGGUCAUCAUUGGUGAAUGGCUUUUCGUAUUGAAAAAAAUUUGUAGGUGCACUUCUUUGUAAUGUAAUAUAACAUUAUUUUGUACUAGAUGGGCUUUAACAGAGGACACAAUUUCUUUCCGUAUUGAUCUGUGUUAUAUAAAGUGAUUGUGACAUAUUGUACAGGAUGAGAAGUUUUGUUGACUCGUAUUUUAUGCAGGACAUAUGACAUUGACAUGAGUUGUUGGGGGUGGGGUUUUGUUGGUUUUUUUGGUGUUUUUUUUAAAGAUAACACUUGUCAGAGGAGUGUAAGUUACAAGACUGUGAUCACUUAUGUAUGUAAUUUAUGAUGCCUGAGGAUUCAUUUUUAUAUGUACUUUCACUCUGUAUGAUUUAUAACUGUUACAGAAGAAUUGGCCCUCUAUUACUUUCUCAUGGCAUGGAAGAGCUUAACAAGUAUAUGCGCUUUUCAUUGUGUUCCACACAAAAAAAUUCAUAUGGCGUCCACAGACUCAAAAUGGCUAUGGUUGCUUGUGAGGCUUUGAGAUUGUUCCUCCACCCCCCCCCCCCCUCCUUUUUCCUAAUAAAUGAGACAUACAUAUAUACUAAAUAUAUACAUAAUAUAGACUGCCUAGUGUAAGACUGCUGUGCGCCAUUUUGAAAAGGACGUAUAAUGGAGUCUUACACUGUGUGGUCGAUAUAGACAGCUCUUUUGUACUAUAGAAACAUGUUUUCUGAGAGUUAAUGGAGAGUGUCGGAUUCUGUGUGGAGAUUGAGCAUCAUGUAGUAAGACAAGAACUGUAUGGUUUUUCAUCUUUUGUUAUUAUUGACUAAGACUAAGAUUCUUUCCAAAUUUUGUGUUUUUAUCUCAUGAUGCAUCGUAUUAUUUUAUUGUAAGAAUGUUGUCAGAUGGGCAAUGAAAGAGUCUGGGAAAGUUUAUUUUUUAGGAGACAUUUUAAAAGUUUGUUUUUUUUCUUUUGACUUUAAAAGGUGUUUGAUGCUGACCCUUAUUUGAGUCAGUGCCUGCCAUUUUAAAAGUUGUUUUAGAAUUGUUCGUCUUCUGUGGAAAACAUGGGUUUGCACCGAAAAAAUAGUUUUUUUAAAUUUAGGAUGUGAUUAUACGCAACACAAUUUUUUUGAAAAUGUCAAGACUUGGCCAUUAUUUAAGUUCAAGGGCACUGAGCCUUUUUUUUUUUUGUACCAUACCAGACUCUGUCACUGUUGCAUUGGGUUGUUAAACCACUAUUGUACCCUGCCAGACAUUGCCCCUCUUCUACCGAACACAAUCAGUAAGUUCUGGCCUUUGUGUGUGUGUGGGGGGGGGGGGGGGAAUAGUUGUUUGGCUCAUCAUUAUAUGCAGAAGACAUGAGUUCAAUUCCUGCACAAGGAAAUUUUCCAUUAGAUAUUUCCAUCUGUCUGCUGCGAUACUAUUUCCCACUUGGCCUUGAUUUGUCCUAAUAGACAGCACUGAUGUGGCCAGCCCCCGAAAUAGUCUAAAACAUAUCGAUGGAGAGUGGAAACAUUUACAAUAAAUCUCUUUUUAAAAAGAAUCCUGGUUCAGCGUUAUGACUUCCAUUUACUGUCGUCAAGUCUCUGUCCCGUUUCCCCCCCCCCGCCCCUCGAAUAUAUCAAGUGACUGAGGUACUGCAACUUGUGUACUGUCCUGAAAAGUAAAGAUAGUGGGUGCUUGUUGGUAGAUGCUCUGCCGGGGUUUGCUCCUUUUCUCCCUUCAAACACCUAUCGUCCUUAUCUCUCCUUGUUUUGUUUUUUUGUGUGUGUUUGUAACACCUCUAAUCUUUCGACAUUCAUAUGACCUAUUUGUGUUGCAAGUGCUGCAAAACUCUUUCUAAAUAAAAUAAAAAGUAAAGAUAUCAUUUUAUGACAGGCCGGGA